AUUUUUUUUCAAUAUCUAAUGUUUGUACUCAACCAUCAAUGGUCAUAGAUUCUAAUCUUGAUGGUAUGGGACUUUUUGGCCAUCCUCAAACUCAUUUACCAUAUUGCCUGUCUGAUUCCCAGAAGACAGAGCAAACACCAUUUACUUUGGCUGAAUUUAAUGUACUUAAUACAAGCAGUUCUGCAGAGAUGAAGUCAACUGAAACUCAACUGACAGCUACUUCCAAAUGUGUAGUAUCCUACUCAUUACCCUGUUUAAUUAAACCUGAUGACCAGAUAAGGUUACACUGUAUGGCCUCACAACCUGUAACUUCAAAUCCUGAAUCCAGACAAGCUGCUAAAACUGGUCAAGUGGAGAUUCAACAUGCAACUUUAAAUCCUGAACUCACUUAUACUGAGAAACUCAAUCAAACUACUACAACUAAUCAAGCAGCUACAACUGGUCAAGUGGAGAUUCAACAUGCAACUUUAAAUCCUGAACUCACUAAUACUGAGAAACUCAUUCAAACUACUACAACUAGUCAAGCAGCUACAACUGGUCAAGAGAGGAUUCAGAAUGCAACUUCAAAUCCUGAACUCAGUCAAGUUGCUACAACUGGUCAAGUGAAGAUUCAGCAUCUAAAUUAUGAUACUGAGAAACUCAAUCAAACUACUACAACUAGUCAAGCUGUUACAACUGGUCAAAUGAAGGUUCAGAAUACAGCUUUUUAUACUGAAUGCAGUCAGUCUGCUACAGUAGGUCAGGUGCAGGAUCAACAUGCAAUUUCUGAUACCAAACACAGUCAAACUGUUACAACUGGCCGAGUGCACGUUCAACAUACAGAUUCUGAUACUGAACACAGUCAAAGCUGUUACAACUGGUCGAGUGCACGUUCAACAUACAGAUUCUGAUACUGAACACAGUCAAACUGUUACAACUGGUCGAGUGCACGUUCAACAUACAGAUUCUGAUACUGAACACAGUCAAACUGUUACAACUGGUCAAGUGCAUGUUCAACAUACAGAUUCUGAUACUGAACACAGUCAAACCGUUACAACUGGUCAAGUGCACGUUCAACAUACAGAUUCUGAUACUGAACACAGUCAAACUGUUACAACUGGUCAAGUGCAUGUUCAACAUACAAUCUCUGAUACUGAACACAGUCAAGCUGCUAUAACUGGUCAAGUGCAUGUUCAACAUAUAGCUUCUGAUACUGAUCCCAGUCAAGCUGUUACAACUGGUCGAGUGCAGACUCAACAUACAGAUUCUGAUACUGAUCCCAGUCAAGCUGUUACAACUGGCCAAGUGGAGAUUCAUUAUGCAGUCACUAAUACUAAACCUAAUCAAGUUAUUGAAGAUGUUCAGGCUGAAACUCAACAGAAAGAAUCUUUAGAACUUGAGAAUUUUUGUACUGAACCAAGUUUAUCUAUUAAAAGUGACCAGGUGGAAAGUCAUGAAGUGGUUCCUCUUGAACCCUGUUCAGUGAAAGAAGAUAGUUUCACUGAAAUUAAGCCGACAUCUUCACAAAAUCUGAUGCUCUAUACUGAACCUACUCUGACGUUUGAAGCUGGUCAGACCAAAGGCCAGCAAACAGCUUCUGUACAUACUGAAACUUUCAGUCCACACUUUUCAGCUGGCCAAAUUAAAAUUACACCAUUAACCUUACAAAGGCCUACUGCUUCCUGUAUUGAACCUAGUUCGUGCAUUAGAACUGAUGAAGUUAAUAUUCAACAAACAACUUCUGAAUGUGGUACUUAUAUGAAAUUCAAUUCGGAUGAUACAGCUGGUCCAUUUCAGAUUCAACAAAGGGACUCUUCAGUCAAUAUGGCUAGUCAGGUUGCUGAUAAACAGACCAGUUGUAAGUCCAAGUUAGGUGUCAUGAGUGAUGAUGUUGAGACUAACCAAACAGAUGCUCCACUGACUGGGAAAACAUCCAGUCAGUGUAGUCCAGGUAGAGAAAGUGUUGAGGAGAAUGAUAACUCUCAGCCUUCCAUUAUCAGAGAUGUGGGUGACGCACUGACAGACGUAGCUAUAUCAUCACACACUGUUGUGUGUACUUCUGCUUUUCUUUCUUCAACUGUCAUGUCAUCAUGUACAUUAAGUAGCACUAGUUUAGAGUCAUCAGGGAGUCGUUUCACCUUGAUAUUGAAAAGUACUCCCUCAUCAGUUGGCCAACGAUCUUUACUCACAUCAGUUAACAGUAUUACUGGAGUUAGGGUUCCUUUUGGUCCCUCAAAGGCUUUUCCAAUCAAGAUUGUAACUCUCCCUACAGGAGGAUCAUCCCUCAAGUCUAUUAAAUCUUCCAACCGAUCAGUUCUUGAGUUCAUUAACUCCUCUUCAGCAUCCCCUGUCAAUCCAUGCUUCAUCACUAGUAACUCAUCAUCGUCACCAGUUAGGUUAGUAGUGUCACAUCUAAAGCCCACCCUUCCUGGAACAUCACAUUUAACCAGUAAAGUACUUUUGAAGUCUGUGGUUGUUACUAGUGCAUCUCCUGCCAUAAGAUUUGUUCCCAUAAGAGGAACUCUUUGCUCUUCAAGCGUAAUGGGAUCAGGUUCUUUGUUAGCUGUAUCCUCUGGAAGCUCCUUACUUCAAGUCAGUUCUGGACCUACUGUGUCUGCCAAAACAAAUAUUUCAAUGACCAAGUGGAAUGAGCAAAACUCCAAAGAGCCAAUCUUUACAGAUCAUUCAAAGCUUUUGGAAACAGCUGUUUGUGCUGAGUCUCGAUCCAUGGGAGGAGGCAUCAUGGCAAGUGUGUAUAAGGACCAUCUGGAUAAUGCUAAAGAAAAAACAACAGAUUACCCAGAGGCUGUGGCUGACUCAAGUAUUGGAAAAGAUCAACUUCAGGUAAAACUUACAGAGCCCUUAGCAACAGGUAAUGUAAAAGCUGUUCCCAAUUCUACUGCCAAGUUCACAUCUACAAGACGUAUUUCUGAUGACCACUGUUACACGUGCAAUCAGCCUGUUUCCACUAGUCAAAGCACUAGUUUGGUACAAACAGAGAUUUCUGAACCAUUUAUAAGUGAUCAGUUUCUUCCAAUUACAAGUAAUAAGCUUGUUCCUCUUCAGGAAUCUACAAUUCUACAUGAAGAAACAGUUACAAGUUUUAAGAAUCAAGAGGACUUUUCUAUUUCAUCUUCAUUAGCUAAAGUUAGAGAAAUAGAUAAAGAAUCUAAAGCAGAGUCACCACCAACUUCUGAUAUUUUUUCCCCUGUAAUUAUUUCUACAGAGCCUCUGGCUACCAGAAGCAUAUGUAGUGCUGUACAAAAACCAAAACCAGAGUCUUCAGAGAAUACAAUGGAAGAAUGUUACUCAUCAAAACCAGGUAAAACGAAAAUUAAAUUCAUCCGUCCAGGACAUGUAUGCUUAAUGAAAGAGUUGUCAAGGUCAACAGGAAACCAAAAUGUCCAAAGCAACUGUCAUGUAGAGAUAACUGAUGAAGAAAAAUAUCAAACAAAAGUUAAGAAUAAUACAUGUGAUGAAGUUAUAGAUGAAGAAGUAAAGAAAGAAAAAAAUACAGUGGACCUUUUAUUUGUAAAACCAACAAAGAGGAAAUGUUCAGAGAAUGUAGCUGAGCUUUUCAAAACCUGCAUGGGGCUUGAUGGUAAGCCUAAACAAGCUGCUUUUGGAAAACAGGAAGACAGAGAAAUGUACGUUUCUACCUGUCAGAGACGAGAAGAAAAAACGUAUUUAGAAAACCAAGUUUCUGAUGAAUCAGGUGAAGAUCAGAUACCUUUUGGCAAGUUAGUAAGUUGCUCCAGUGUCCAAAAAAACAUCCCUCAAACCAAAAACAUAGCCAUACUUGACCAUCAAGUUUUUAUAGAGAUGGAUGAUGGUCAAGAGAGGACUGACAAUGAUGGAAAAAGAGCUUUUAAGGACAGUAGUGAGUCAUCUGUUAAAGGACCAGAAGAACAUUCAUUCACACAGCAAGAGAACACUAAAACUACAACAGAAAAAAGGAAAACCAGAGGUAGCAGUUACUUAGAAGAGUUUCCUCCAACAAAAUGGAGAAGGAGUUCUUGUGACAACCCUAGGUAACGUCCAGACAUCUGUUGGUUGUUUGCUACACUAUGCACAGCCUCACGUCCAAAAAGCGUUACACAAUAUUCGAGACCAAAGCUGCAUGGUUGGGUACAAGCAAGCUCUGCCAGGAUUGGAUGUAAAUAUGUGAUCUAGUGUUUUGUUUUUAUCUUGCUGAAGAUGUUAUGUGAAGUCUCUUCAGUUUUCGUUUGGCCUCGUGCCAAAAGAAACCUUUAUUUUAUUCUUCCAAGAUUUGGAAAACAAAGAGAUUGACUGUGUAAUGUAUGACAUAAGUUGUUUGCAGACUUUCUCUUUGUCUUCAGAAGAACAAAAAUGGAAUUCGUGAUCUGAUAUUUUUUUAAAUGUUUGACUUGUUCUGUAGCAGAGAAGUUUGUGCAUUUAUUUUUUUUUACAAUCAUCCAUGGUAUGUACAAAUGUCAUUUUUCACUAAGCUGGUAGGAAAGGAUUACAUUAAAUGGCCUAACAGUGCUGAGUUUUUACAAUUUCCUAUAGUUUUUAAGGUGAAUGACUUAGGCCAAUGGGCAGUGUGCAUAGACUACAGUUGUAUAUAUUACAUGUAUAAAUAUAAUUAUAUUAAUAAAUACAACAAUUUUAUUAGUAGCUAAGCUUUUUAAGUUGUUAACAUGUAGAGUAUUUUAACAGGAUUGAUAGAAUGGUUUGUUGUUUUUUUUGUUUUUUUUUUAGAUAUAAGAGUAAGUUAAACACAGUUCUUUCGUACAGGAAAUGUGUAAUGUUGUGAAUAUAUUUGUUGUACAGGAGUUGAACAUGCUUUGUUGUAAGUUUCUUACUGGUAUUAAAUGUCACAUCAUAA